AUGCUCAUAUCUAUCUAUCUAUCUAUCUAUCUAUCUAUCUAUCUGCUAGUCUGUCUAUCUGAACUUGUUCAAAUCUAUCUAUGGAUUUUUCAAUAUCUAUCUAUCUAUCUAUCUAUUGAUAGUCUUAUCAUACCUCUAUCAGUCUGUUCAAAUCUAUCGAUAUAUCUCUGUCUGAUCAUUAUCCAUUGCAGUCUGUCCAAAUCUAUCUAUCUGUUGAUGUUUAAAUAUGCUCAUAUCUAUCUAUCUAUCUAUCUAUCUAUCUAUCUGUUGAUGUUUCCAAUAUCUAUCUAUCUAUCUAUCUAUCUAUCUAUCUAUCUAUCUAUCUAUCUAUCUGUGACAGUCCAUUCAUAUCUCUCACUUUCUGGCAAUUUCUUUCUUUCUUUCUUUCUUUCUUUCUUUUGUUCCGUUCUCUUCUUUCUUUAUCUUUCUCUUAUUUUUCCCUAUGUUCCCAUCUUUCUUUCUUUCUUUCUUUCUUUCUUUUGUUCCGUUCUCUUCUUUCUUUAUCUUUCUCUUAUUUUUCCCUAUGUUCCCAUCUUUCUUUCUUUCUUUCUUUCUUUUGUUCCGUUCUCUUCUUUCUUUAUCUUUCUUUAUUUUCCCUAUGUUCCCAUCUUUCUUUUUUUUUCUUUCUUUCUUUCUUUUUGUUCCGUUCUCUUCUUUCUUUAUCUUUCUCUUAUUUUUCCCUAUGUUCCCAUCUUUCUUUCUUUCUUUCUUUCUUUCUUUCUUUCUUUCUUUCUUUCUUUCUUUCUUUUGUUCCGUUCUUUUCUUUCUUUAUCUUUCUCUUAUUUUUCCCUAUGUUCCCAUCUUUCUUUCUUUCUUUCUUUCUUUCUUUCUUUCUUUCUUUUGUUCCGUUCUCUUCUUUCUUUAUCUUUUUCUUAUUUUUCCCUAUGUUCCCUUUUUCUUUGUUUUUUCCUUCUUUCUUUUUGUUCCGUUCUCUUCUUUUUUAUCUUUUCUUUAUUUUUCCCUAUUUUUCCCAUCUUUCUUUCUUUCUUUCUUUCUUUCUUUUCUUUCUUUCUUUUUUUGUUCCGUUUCUUCUUUCUUUUGUUCCGUUCUCUUCUUUUCUUUAUCUUUCUUUUAUUUUUCCUAUUUCAUCUUUCUUUCUUUCUUUUUUUUUCUUUCUUUUUUUUUUCACCUUUCUUUUGUUUCCGUUCUUUUUCUUUCUUUUAUCUCUCUCUUAUUUUUCCCUAUUUUCCCAUCUUUCUUUCUUUCUUUCUUUUUUCUUUCUCAUUAUUCGAUUAUUUUUUCUUUUUUAAAAUUUGCGUUUUUUCUCUUUACUUCAAUGUUCUUAUUUUGCCAUUCCUCUUUCUUUUCUUUUCAAAAUAUUUUUCAUCUUUUUUCUUUUUUUCAUUCUUUCUUAUUAUUUUUCUUUUUUCAAAUUCUAAGUCUUUCUUUGUCUUUCCACAUUCUUUUCUAAAUGCUUUUCUUUCUUUCUUUCUUUCUUUCAUUUUUCCCUAUUUUCCCAUCUUUAUUUCUUUCUUUCUACCUUUCUUUCUUUCUUCCUUUCUUUCUUUCUUUCUUUCUUUCUUUCUUUCUUUCUUUCUUUUAAUUUGCUUCUUUUCUUUUUAA